GAAGAAGGAACGUUUUUCCUGAAGUCUUUAAGAUGCUUUUAGCUCUUGGCAAGCAUAUUUACAAGUUUUUUGUUAAUAUUGUCCAUGUUAGUCUCCAUAUGUGUAGUAUUUCUAAUAACUAAAUAUAGAAAACUGACCUCUUUGUUUCUUAAAGCUAUCGUGACAUACUUGAUUAGAUCAGAAAUUUGGCACAUUUAAGUUGCAUGCAGUAACUAGUGAAGAGUACUAGUCAUUUCAUUGACUUGACACUUUAAAGCCGAAAAAGUCAUCGUUUGUAUGAUUAUGGUGAAUUGUGUUGUUUGCAACUGUUUUCCAGCCUUAAUUUGCACCUUUGACUGUAAAUUGCAGCCUUGCCACAUCUGACGUUAUUGGACCGAAUUGUGUUCUACAUCAUGCAUAAGCAAAUGUUUUUUAUGUCCUUAUAUUUGUAGAAUUGUAAUACCCUAUUUUUCUCUGUGCAGCAAGAUUGAAAUAUGUGAGAGAUCCAGACUCUUACCUGUAGGAGUUUUAAUCUGUCCUUGCAAAAUGGAUAUAAAUACAUUAAUGCAACUACAGUUAGUAACAUGAGGAAUCAAGUUGUGGUGAACUGGGCAUGCAACGUGGGUAUUGCUAAAGGCUCAUUUCUUAUGUGCCUUUUAGUCAGAUAUAAAAUAGUUACCUUUUCACUGUCCAAUAGUUUUAAUUGUUCUGCAGGGUAGUCACGAGCUCUGAGCACAGACUUCAACAAUAUGUUUUCUGGAUUGAGAGUUGUAGCUUUGAUUUACAUUUAUUUAUUUAUUGCAAUCCUGAGAUAUUGCAUCAGGCAGAUUUUACCUUUUUUCCAAUUACAGCACGUCAAAUCCAAUAACUUUCUCCAUGUUCCAAGCACUAGUGAUAACAUCUGUCUCAAACAGAUCCAAAAUUUCCCUUUUUUAUGUAGUGAAAUAGGGAGAACAGUUGGUGACUUUUGUCCAAGGUUGUGUUUAAAAAAAAAAAAAAAACCAACCAAACAAAAAACCCCAAGCAGUACAUCUGGAGUUGAAAUUUGGGGUUCUCCAGCUUAAUCUCCCUCAAGAGGGGCAAAAUGAGGCUAGAAUUAUCUGCUGUAUAUUUACUGAAGCCUGACGACGCCCUCUUACGUAGAACUGAAUAUGCUGCAAGUGACUGAGUAAGACCUCUUGGAAGUAGCCCAAGGUGCUGUUGCUACAACUUUUGAUCUGUGCUAUCCAUAGGCAUCUAUGUUUAACUGUAAUUGGACCUGCUGUGUAGGAAGACUGAGGAAGCAAGCCAAAAAUUUGCACAGGUAGCGUGUGCGAUGCUAACUUAAUUUUUAUUUGACAUGCCAUUUAUAUAAGUUACACCACUUGAGGCACAUAGUGACCUUUCCAGGUAUUGUGAAGCCAGGCUAAGGAUGAAAUUAUUAUGGAUUUGUGUUCAGGAUUAAAAGACAACCAUCUUUAUUGAGAAUAUUAUUUGCUUUGAAGGCCCAUUUUGUUUUUCAGGGUUUGCUUACUACAACAAAGAAUCUGUAUUCAAUCAUCUAAUAAACAUGAGUGCAAAUAGGUCCAGUCCAAACCAUGAAUGUUGUUAUAUUCCGGUUACAGUAACUUACUGGAGCUAAUUUAGGCAGGUGGAGCAGGGAAAAGAGGUUCUUCAGUACAUUAGGAUUGUGAGAAGUAAAUGUUUGUCUGGCUUCUCCAAAGUAAAUUUGAUGUAGUAGAGACAAGGGGAGUUACUUGCUUCUUUCCCUUGUUUCAGUUUUCACUGUUAUCAGCUGUCCCCUUCUACAGGUAGAAGGAAUGAGACUAGUUGAAUUGGACUCUGCCCAAGUUGUUGCUGUGUGCUCUCCUUUCUCUUCAGCUGUAAUACUUCUAGAGAUCUACACUGUGUUAGCUAGUGUUCUUGUAUUAAAAUCGUAGGUAUAUGGUGUAUAAAAGGGUGGCCUAUGUGAAACCUGAUUUCUUUAGAACCCAGUUGCUCAACAGCUUUUGGUCAGCUGUGUCUGCUUACGGAUGGAUUAGCAGUCCCUGGCUCUCCUCAACCUGUAUUUCCAUUGCCUUGGAUUCUGAAUAUCCCGUUUCCUGUGUGUCAACUGCCUGUCUGCUAACAAGUGAGUGGGACUCUCUCUUUCAUCAUACAGCAGCUGAGAACAAGUUGACUUUCUGGCCUUUUUCAGAAAUUGUGCAAUGUACAGUGAUAUGUUGAGUAAUUAUCAGGUAUUUUUGGAGAAGGCUGAGGAAGUUAUGAAAAGCAUACUAAAGAUGACACUUGCCCUAAAGUAAGAGGGAAUAUAGUAAUGUAUAGGGCAAAUAAUAGUACUGUCUGUUAUGUCUUGCUCUGUUUUCUACAGGUUCCUCCUGUAAUCAGAAUCAUACUCAAGUGGAGACUUUCAGCAACUGGUUUUACUUGUGACCCAGUCCUAGAGUAGAUCUUUCUAGGUGGAUGAUUAGUGUGUAGGGCACAUGCCUGUCCUGUAGUGGUAGGAGAGUAUGAUCCUGCUGAUUCUUCAAGUAUGCUUGCAUGGAGACUAUCUCGUCUCCUCUAUUGACUGAUCUUCUCUAUCCUCACUUACAAUACUCAAAGAAUUGGAGUGAACAAGGUAGCUGAUUUACAUUGAUGUCAGGAUAAUCAGAGGAUUUUAAGGCAAUUUGGCUCCGAACUGCAGCCACAAAGGCAGCAGACUUGGAUACUGUAGUAACUUGAAAGCUUUAACUAGUGGCAAAUGUUUCCGAACAACACUACUCUCAGUGCUGCCAUGUUUUACGUUACCUAUGUGCUCUUUCACUACUGCUCAAGUGUGAUUUAAGAGAUUACAUGAUGGAAUUAACGUUUUUUCAAGAAAAGUUGCACAUAUUGGAUCAGUACCGUUGAAGCUGUCGUCUGUUUGUGGCACCCUAAGCAAGGUCUUGUGACAAAUUUGUCAGAAGAAUACAUAAAAUGGAUCUCAAAGAAAGCUGCCCAAGUGUUAGCAUUCCCAGCUCUGAUGAGCACAGGGAGAAGAAAAAAAGAUUUACUGUUUACAAAGUGUUGGUCUCAGUUGGCAGAAAUGAAUGGUUCGUCUUUAGACGGUAUGCAGAGUUUGAUAAACUCUACAAUACGCUGAAGAAGCAAUUUCCCACUAUGAACCUGAAGAUUCCAGCUAAAAGAAUAUUUGGAGAUAAUUUUGAUCCUGAUUUUAUUAAACAGAGAAGAGCAGGACUGAAUGAAUUCAUUCAAAAUUUAGUUAGACAGCCAGAGCUAUGCAACCAUCCAGAUGUCAGAGCGUUUCUUCAGAUGGAUAACCCAAAACACCAGUCAGAUCCAUCUGAAGAUGAAGAUGAAAGGAGCAAUCGGAAGUUAAAUUCUACCUCAGAGAAUAUCAACUUGGGACCAUCUGGAAACCCUCAUGCUAAACCAACAGACUUUGAUUUCCUGAAAGUCAUUGGGAAAGGCAGCUUUGGCAAGGUUCUUCUUGCAAAACGAAAACUGGAUGGGAAAUACUACGCAGUCAAAGUGCUGCAGAAAAAAAUUGUGCUUAACAGGAAAGAGCAAAAACAUAUUAUGGCUGAGCGUAACGUGCUUUUGAAAAAUGUGAAACAUCCAUUUUUGGUUGGAUUACAUUACUCAUUCCAAACAACAGAAAAGCUUUACUUUGUUCUGGAUUUUGUUAAUGGAGGAGAGCUGUUCUUUCACUUACAAAGAGAACGUUCCUUUCCUGAGCACAGAGCCAGAUUUUAUGCUGCUGAAAUAGCCAGUGCACUGGGUUACUUACACUCCAUAAAUAUUGUAUAUAGGGAUUUAAAACCGGAAAACAUUCUCCUAGAUUCACUGGGUCACGUUGUGUUGACAGACUUUGGACUUUGUAAAGAAGGGAUUGCAAGUUCUGAUACCACUGCAACUUUUUGUGGGACACCAGAAUAUCUUGCACCAGAAGUGAUUAAAAAGCAGCCUUACGACAACACAGUAGACUGGUGGUGCCUUGGUGCAGUUCUUUAUGAAAUGCUUUAUGGGCUGCCUCCUUUUUACUGCCGUGAUGUUGCUGAGAUGUAUGAAAAUAUUCUUCAUAAACCCCUAGUUUUGCGCCCAGGAAUCAGUCUUACAGCCUGGUCUAUUCUGGAAGAGCUUUUGGAGAAAGAUCGGCAAAGCAGACUUGGAGCAAGGGAAGAUUUUCUUGAAAUUCAAAAGCACCCAUUCUUCGAAUCUCUCAGCUGGACUGACCUUCUUCAGAAGAAGAUUCCGCCACCAUUUAAUCCUAAUGUGGUUGGACCGGAUGAUAUUGGGAAUUUCGACGCAGUGUUUACAGAAGAAAUGGUCCCAUACUCAGUUUGCAUUUCUUCUGAUUACAACAUUGUUAAUGCCAGUGUCCUAGAGGCAGAUGAUGCAUUUGUUGGGUUUUCUUAUGCACCACCUUCUGAAGAUCUGUUUUCCUAGGAAGUUAGAAGCCAACAGUGUUUUGGAAAUCUUGGGGUGGACUGAAAUGGCAGGAUUGUGAACACAUUCCAAAAUGGUGUAACUAGUGCCUCGUUUUGUAUAUAGGUUUGAAACCUAUGAACAGACUUUCUCUACUGUAUAGGAGGAAUUUGGGCAUUUUGAAUAGCUUUCCUUGGGGUUUGAACUGUUUGUUCCUGCUGCAGAAAAUAUUUUUUAAAACCUUUAAAAAAUGUUCUCUACAUUUAUCUAUUUUUUAAGCAAAAACACUGACUGUUCUCCCCAGCCCCUUCAGGUUUACAUUCAUACCUAUCUAAGAUUUGGCUGGCUCAAACAGCAGCAAAUUUAGUAAAUUUAUAAAUGCCUUUGUACCUAUUUACAGUGACUUUGUGCUUGAAUUGUAACUAUGCAAUUUGUCUUUUGUAUAUCAUUGUUUAAAAAAAGAUAAACGUUUUUCAUGUCAUAUCAAUCUGAAAUACAAGUUAAUUUACCUGUCAGCACUUAAGGGGUUAAAUUUAAGUUAAGACUGAGAUGCCUGAAGGAUUUCUACUGAAUGAAAAGCUGAUCACAUAAUGUUGCUCUUACAUUUGUUGAAGUACCCAAUUCGUUCAACUGGAUUUUCUGAGGUAUGGGGGAUUACUCAAAGCAAGGAUGGAACAAAUUAACUGGAUUGAUUUGAUAACAUUACUGAUAAAGUUUUCUACUUUUGUUUUCCUCCCAGAGAUAAAUAUGUCUACAUUUCAACUGCAUUAAAAAUAUUUUUGGUUAAAACUCUGCUUUUCCAAAGAUAUAACAUGCAAUAAUCACUGCUUGAAAGGCAAUCUUGCUUUGACCUUCUGGGAAUGGGGUGAGGGAAUCAUGGCAAAUAUUAGGGAUUUCUCACUGAUUUAUUGUAUUUGAAACACUGCUAUGUUCCAAAUGGAUUGUAUUUCAACAUUCAUAGCUACUUGUCUAUGUCCCAGUUUGCACCAUUUUUUUAAUCUUCACUUGAUGUUUAGGAAAAAUAACGUAAGUUGCCAUGAUAAUUUUAAAAAUGUGAAAAGCUAUCAGUAUAUGCUUCUCAUAACAUACACACGUAUGGACAGACUGAUAAUUCUGAUCAGCUUGUGUUUAAGGAAUGUUUUUAAACAAUGCAAAAAUUGGCUCCAAUUGUAAUGUAAUGGCCUAUCACAGUAGUAGUUUUUUGAGAUACAGAUAGAUAUAUAUGUAUAUAACCUGUAAAUAACAACUCAUUUGUCUAUUGCUUCAAAAUUGUUCCGAGUUUUUUGUUCAUAAAUACAUUUCAGUGAAGCGCCUUGAUCUGAGAGGUCUGAUAAGACACAGAUGAAUAGACAGAGUUAAAUGUUUUAUAAAUAUCAAUAUUUAAAUGGCUUGAAUUUUGACAAAAUAAGAAUUAGCCAAGAGAAACGGUAUUCAGAUUGCAUCGUGAUCACUCCAAAAUUGAGACUGUUAGGGAGAGCAGUAUAUCUGAUCAUAUUUUGCUUGAAAAAAAUGUUAUGUCAACUGUAAAGCCAUUGAGAAGUGGAAGCUAAAAUGGGAUUCCUUGCUUGUCUCACUCCUCUCUUGCAGGGUGGUUAUGUGAUGCUGAACAAAUGUUUUGCAAGAUGUCAGAAGGGGUAGAGGGGUAAAAUAAGUAAGAGGUAACGUUGGAUGGAAGGAAGGGACGAACUGCAUCGCUGCUUAGCGGGGGAAGGGAGUUUGCGCUUGUUUUCCAUAGUGCCACUUUGUGAAGUUUUUAAGAAGCUUGGUAAUAGCCAUAUAGCUGUUCAGGGCAGUCGGUAACUGAAGCAACAGGAUUCAUGUAGUUAAUUUGGCAGCCUAGAGAGUCUUGGGCUCUUCUAAACGUGUAUCUUUCUGAUGGACUGGAAGGCAGACAUUGACCUUAAGAAAGGAGGCAUCCCUGCGCAUAGUGAAUUUUACUCUCUAUGUUCCUGAAGUGAGUCCGUGGACUGCUGCGGGCAGCAGAACUGCCUUCUGCUCCUUCCUGCAAGGAGUCCCAUGCUGUAACCGCCUCUCCGCUUCUUCCAGCCGGGAAAUACAGUACAGCAGAGCGAUGGGAAGGGGAAGAGACUGCUGUGGGGCCUACCACCCCCAGAGAGACCCAGGUCUCUUUGUCCCGUGUUUCCAAGCUGACCGUAGCUAGCUGCCUUCCUUGUUAGGGAGGUGGGUUUCUGUUUUUGUUUUGCUUUGUCAUAAAUUCGUCGGGGUGGGGGGUGUUGUUGCCUUUUAAAUAAAACAGGGAAGAGGCCAUGACAGUUGAAGUAGUUACUAUUUCUAGCUGAGUGGCUUAAUCCUGUAUUGCCUUUUCCUUCAGCAGGCUCUGCCUUUUUGGCUAAAUGUGAAUGUGUUACCGUUUCACUUGUUGCGCUUGUUAACUUUGCUCCUGUUACUACAGUUCACGUUGUGAAAUGCCCCAGUCGGAUCAGGGACCCUCUACAGAUGCUGGGGAACGCAGACUCUGCAAACAACGUUAAACAGUAAAAUCUCACAAUGUUUCCCAUGUAUAGUGCUCUUGUUCAGGAUCUCUUGUCGGUUAUUAAU